UGAACUGUUAAAAAUGAAUACAAUUAGACGAGGACUGAAGAGGAAGGAACCUGAGAGGGAGGAGGAGUACCAGGCAGGACUUACACAGUUUCAGGCUGCAGUAAGGAAACGUGAAUCUAUCCGUCUUAAACUUCAGUUGGGUUCAGCUCCGGGUAUUAUGGAGAAAGAAAUCCAGAACAAGAUAAAAAUUGAGGAAUCUGUAGCUCAGGGUACAGCUAGGUUUCUGACGGCCUGCAAGAACCAGAACCAAGCCCUUGAAGCGGCUAAAAAUUUACUUUUGGGGAAUCUACGAGUUGAUAUGUUGAGAUUUGAAUUGAAUAAACUGCGGCGAGGAAGAGGUAGUCCCGCGAUGAAGAAAGGAAACCCCAGCUAUGCAGCGGUCAGUCUAUCAGAUAUUAGAAUUCCUCUACUGUGGAGACCUAGGGACCAUAUGCAGGAUACUGGAGACAGUCGUAAGUUUGCUGUGUUUUGUAUUGUCCGUGUUGGAUCUCAAAUAUAUGAUACUGCGUUAAUAUCUCCCGUUGACAGACACAGCACAGACGUUUGCUUCAAUGAUGUUCUUCUCUUUAGUAAAAUGCCUCCGUACUUUGAGCUGAAGCUUGAGCUGUACAGUUACCUACUGACUGAACCCUCCACCUCGGCUCACGCUAAGCUAGUCAAAUCCAUUAGUAAAGCUGUUGGGAAAACUUUCAGUAAACCACUUAGAGACCAGGAAAAUCAGGAUGAGAUUGAAAUAAAGAAAAGUAAAUCUAAGCCUGGACCCCAGUUUGAUCUUCUAGCUACAGCUACUCUUAGGUUGGAGGAUGCCGGAGAAGAAGUAAAACCCCACGAACUAUUUCUUGAAGAUGCUGAGAAUGACCGUCUUCCUCCAUUGUUCGGUCAGUUCUGUUGUCGGCUAGCUGUACAACCGUACUGCAGAGAAGAACCGGUUCUGGUUGGUUCUCUGUCGGUCCGGUACCCCUUGAACGAACGCUACAGCGGAGACAGAUGGGCAGAGAACUGCUGGGCUAGAUUAAUGGAUUGGAAACUCUGUCUUUGGCAGGGGUUGGAUCAGUAUGAAGCCGCUAGAUCACCGUCGAAACAGAUCCGGAUAGACCAGGAGACAACUAUCCGGGACGAGGGAGAUAUAUUCACCGUGGAGAACUACGGAGACGGGAUUAUUGAGUUCAAAUGUGAAAACAAGGAAAUGAAAGUUAUGUGGUUGGCGCAUUUAUACCAGCAUGCUUGCGAUCAUAAACGAUGGAAACUGGCGUCCCAGCAGAAGAUGGAAGUUCUAAGCCCUGAUACCAAACCUAUCCGAACCAAGAGUAUGUGUAGGACCCGGAGUAAGCUUGUCCUUCUCUACAAUGAAACAAAAAUUUAAUACUAGUUCCAGAGGUUUGAUUUAGCCCUUGUGGAAAAUGGAAGAAACAGAAUUAAGGAAGUUUAGCUCAUCAUAUGUUCUUUAAUUCAAUAUCUCAGCUGUGGACACUACCCAUGAACAAUUAAAAAAUGAUAACCCUUGCAAGUUUUCUAGAAUUGUUUUUUUCAGCAGAUUUGAUCUCGCAGUAGUUUAGCAUUAAUUGUAAAACCUAAUUAAGAUUUGCCUGUUUCAGA